AUUUGUGAAUUUUUUACAGCAUGCGCCUUYCUUGCUCUCAUCGCAAAUCGAACAAAGCUAUACAACCAUUCGCCUAUUCCAAAGAAACGUCCGAUUAAAGUYACCAAACUUUCUGUGUACGGUGCAAAAAUUGUUGAAAAUAUAAGAUUAAUAUUGAUUUUCUUACUAUUACAAUGUAGAAAUUGGAAAUUUGUUAUUUAAAUAUGACUAAGAAAUAAAAAAUUACUUAUUUGGCAAAAGAAACAUUUAGAAUAUGGUUUUCGAAAAACGUGAAAAUUUGCAAGCGGAUAUCGAGAUUAUUCAUUUGCUGCAAAAGUGCGGAGAGUGAGAAAGAAGGGCGAAGCAUAUACGAAAUCAAGUAAUAACAAAUUUARAAGUCAAAAGUGAAGUAAAAGUAAAAAAAUUGUACCGAUUUCAACGUGCCGAUAGAAAAUUCAAGCUAAGAAUAUCUGCUUGUAAUUGAAAAGAAUAUAUAGUGUAUAUCUAUAGUCGGAAUAUGUACAUCUCGUAAAAACCUUAUUCAGAGUACAAAUCGUAUCGACUACCCUCUAAUUGUUAUUGCAGCCGAUGGUCUAGUGCGAGUUUAUAAAGUGCACACACUAGCACAAAUAUUCAUUAAAUAUUAAAUAGAAAAAACAAGUAAUUAAUUGUUAUUCGCGAAAAUUUAAAUAGAUUAAAAUGUCUACCCCAGCAGUAGUUGAGGGUACGGCAGUUACUAGUGAAACCGGAGACUCGUACAUUAAUUUAUCCAACAAUAUACGGCCAGCAUCAGCUGCUGAUUCAAGUGCACGAACUUCGGCCAUGUCCACCAAUACGUCCCGGCGUGGUCGCUCAGGYUCAGCGCGAAGCUCACAAGGAGCAACUGAAGGAAUUGAAAGUAGCAAUCAUAAUGCUGUUAGUUCCACAUCCAGUGCCAAUGAAACUGUACCAGAACAUGGUACUCCAGCAACAGCUGCAGCUGAGGACAUAMAUUUACCACAAACAUUAACUCCUCUAAUGCGUAUAAAAUUAUUUGAGCUCUCUACUAGCAGCAGUGAAAGUGAGGGCGAYGAAAMCCAACAAGGCACAAAUGAAGGUGAGUCAGCCAAUAAUGGUGAUGCUCGGAGGGCGGCAUCACCGCCACCAAAUUGCGCAAUUUGCUUAGGACGUUGCAAAAAUAAAUGCUUCACUGAUUCCUGCAUGCAUCAGUUUUGCUUCAAGUGCCUGUGUGAAUGGAGCAAGGUUAAGCCGGAGUGUCCACUUUGCAAACAGACAUUCAAGUCUAUAAUACACAAUGUGAAGUCGAUUGAUCAGUUUGAAGAGUAUCAUGUACAGCCGCCCACCGUACAAAUUCCACAUCGCCCUGUGGAGGUCACUCUACGGAGCUUGCCAUAUAUUUUUGAUGCAGUAGUCGUGGAGGGACGUGACUGGGAGUUGCCGCGUCGUAGAAAUUCAGCUCACCGCAUCCGUCCCGCCAGCAGCGGUAUAUUUUAUCCUUCUGACAUGGCCCCUUCUAAUGGAGAACAUGGCAAUAGUUCCAACGGAAACAGCGUGUACAAUCAUCUCGUUUAUCGCAACGAACUGCUAGAUAUGUACCGACAGGAGGAACCAGAUGCCAUAGCUAGUAGUGGCACCUUAAGUCAACUAUGGCGUCGUUUUAUAUACGAUCGACGACUUUUCGCCCUACCAGUUUGUGAUAUAACGGGAAGAUUCCGAGAAAGUACAGCCAGAUUUUAUAGGGAUAAUCCUGCGCAAGUGCAUCGUCUUAUGCCAUGGAUCAAUCGUGACAUUGUUUGCUUGUUACGCAACACGGAGCAUAAUGUAUCUUCGUUGCUAGAACGUAUUAAUGAGAGCCUUCUUCAAACAAACAUUUUAUCGCCUGCAUUUCGACGYCGUCUGCAACCUUAUCUUGGAGCAAAGACCUCGCAUUUCAUACACGAACUAAAUAAUUUCGCGCGCUCACCAUACGACAUGAUCGGUUAUGAUCGAGCUGUACACUAUUUACCACAAACACCUGAGGAGAUCGUUAUAGAGUUCUCAUCGUCCGCAUCGUCAGAUGAAGGAAAUGCUUCAAAUGACAAUGAACGUMGAACGAGAAGCCGUAACUCUCGUACACGCAACGACGGAGAAUUCCGCGUGCUAUCACGCUCAGGUAACUCGUCGGUUAGUGGAUCAGUAGGAGCGUUACUGUCAUUCACGGUUAGUACUACCUCAGAAGGUACCGAGGCACCUGGCGUCACAGUUUCUAUAAAUGGACGAAGCGGACAAUCUGCAGCUAUUAAUCUAAGUACACAUAAUCGUGUCAGUGGCGAUAUUAUUGAUCUGGAUGACCUUGAAGCCUCCCUUGAGCCGGGGACUUCGCGUACAGCAAACGAYAGUGCUGCGGGAACAGCUGCAGCUUCAACUUCUGCAGCCGAAGAAGCGCCAACUUCCAGCUCUUCGGUUAAUAGACCUUUACAGCCCACCGUUACAGAGAAUAUUGAACUCACUUCAAGCAGUAGUGACGAAUGCGAGUUCGUAUUGGAGCGCAAGCCACCACACCUUCGUACACCCGAACUUGUCAGUCUAAAUUCAGAAAGUGAUUCUGACGUGGUAUUUGUGGAUGAAUCAAAACCCUUGAGGAAAUCAGCAUUUGCCAGUGUCGACGACGAGGAACAAAAACGAGAGUUAGAAGAUAACAAAAACAGUUCAACAACACAAAUAACAACCGGGUUGGGAGAGGUCGACUCGCACACAGCUCGUGAUCAUGAGGAGUUAUAUAAUAUGGGUGCUAGCACAUCAACGGGCUUGCGGUCGUCCGGGGGCGGUAGAGGUAUAAAGGAAAUGUACGAGCGUUCACGGCGCAGCACAGCUUCCCGUCGCAAGCGCAACUUGCGCAGCAAUCGAGGAAGAGACCAGGACCAACCGAAAACAUCAACUACUAUGCACAGGGGCAAGAAAAUAUACGAGAGCAGCUGCACGUCGUCCAAUACAGACACAACAUCUACAAGCAGUGACAGUGAUGAUGAAGAUUAUAAUAUCAAAAGACACCGUACGAAAUCACAACGUAGUUCCAGAAACCAGAAACCAAAGCGCUCACGAAGGAAAGGGCCGCAGCAAACCACCAGCAGCAGCAGCAACAGUGGCGGUCAGAACAGCAGCAGCACGAAUAUUCGAAAGCGAAAGCUGAGCCCGAGCGCAAAUAAAGCGCCAAGUGAUGACUCCAAACACUUCAAAACGGAAGCCAUGAGCUCAGACUCUGAAUACUCGAGCGAUGACAGCCAAAAUUUGAUAGAACUGCAGCGUCGCUUACAAGCGCUYAAAGAACAAGAAAAACAUGGCGGCACCAUGGAAAAGAUUAAUAAAACACUCGCCUACCUAAUCGACUGCGAAAAGGGCAACGACUCAUUGAACUCGAACGGGAAUACCAAUAACGGUACUGAGCAAAUGCCCCCAAGUUCAGAACAGGUGUGCGAGUUGCAGGAACUGGACGCUUUGACAAAGCAGGAAAAUUUCGAUAGUGAUACGCAUGAAAAUAGCGGUCUCAGUCGUCUAGUAGAGGCGGGGGAAGAGAGCUUGGACGUCGCUCAAAAUGUGUGCAUUACAUCAACAAACGAGAACGAAAGAACUGCCGUAAAUAUCGCAAUGGAAGAGGAUAACACAUUCUCCUCCACGGUGACGCAAACAACGACUGCCACCACCGUUACCACAACCCCGGCUAAUAACCGCUCGAUUUCGCGCGCCUCGGCCACAACCAACAACACAAACGACAACGAUAACGAUAAUGGCGAUGAACAUGAGCACGAUAACUGCAAUGAGAACGACAAUUUCAAUAGUUCGGAAACAUCGUCAACGUCUUCAACAACGUCGGAUACCUCGGCAACAUCACAUUCAUUGUAUUCAGCCUMUAGUGGYGGCGAAGAGGAGGAGGACGAGGAAGUAGACGAUGGCAAUGACAACGAAAAUGAAAAUGAAACGGAUGAAAAUGCACUGAGCCUACACCAACUGCUGGGCACACCAACAUGGCUCGCAGAUCAACUAACAAACCCGAGGUCGGCUAAUGAAGCCGGAGUGUCAACGGCGCAAGGCGAAAGUGGKAAUGGCAACGAGAGUUGCGACACCGACGGUCUAUCCCCACAGCGGGUUGAAGCGGAGGCGGUUUCACUGCCCGGCAUCGAAGAUGAUGUAAGCGGCAUCUUCUUGAACCAGCACGACACGAACCUCGUCAUGCCCUUCAACUACGACGCCGAGGCAAGUCAAAGCGAUGCCGAGUGACAAAUGCAUGAAUUGUAAUAUUUGGUAAAUUUAGAAACGCCGCAAGAGGAGCAAUGAAGUAAUUCAUCCGCAUUAAUUUGAAUUCAUUAUUUUUCCACAAGCGCAAGCAUUACUUAAAAAAAAAAUAAUCUUAGCGAUUGACAAGAAAAUUCCAAAAUUGUAUGAAUUGAUGCCACAAAAGGCAAUUGUAGGUCAGACAUAACCUUAAAGUUUUAGUGCUAUAUUCUAGUUUCCCGAUUUAUUAAGACACCUUCAUUUAAGCGACAACACUUUGCAAACUUCUUUUAUUUCUGUUUAAGAGACUUUUGAACACUAUGACUUGUACCCAAAACAGUUGCGUGGAACAAUUAAAGCUCGUCCACCAGCAAGCUUUUAUAUGGACCAGUGGUGUAAAGUUAUUAAUAAUUAUAUUUUAUUAAAUGUAAUAAAUAUAAAUCCUAAACUUUA